AUGAAUUUACCACGGAAAUUUCCAUCUAAUUCUAAACAGCCUAGCAUAGCAGAUACAAGGACAAUCAGCGGUAAGAAGAAAAACCCACCGACUACACCAUUGUCUCCAAAUGCAAAUGGGAGAUUACUUAAAAAGAAAUCAAGAUAUAGAAAAGAGAAAAAGGUUCCUGCUCGGCUACCUCAGGUUAAGCGACCUCCGAUUGAAGAAUGCGUUACGGGAGAUGAAACAGUGCCACUGUUUGUAAUUAAAUGUGUCGAGUUCUUGGAAGAGGAAGGUCUUUGUCAAGAGGGUAUUUACAGAAUUCCAGGGAAAGGAGCUGAUAGUGAUUUGAUAACAUCAACAUUUUUAAAAGAUGAUGAUAUAAACUUGUGGGAGAUGGGUAUGUCGGUACCAGCAGUGUGCACGGCAUUAAAGCAGUUCUUCAGCAAACUGCCAGAACCUCUCAUUCCAUACGGACUCCAAAAAGACUUUCUAAAAUAUUGUACAGGAGGUUUGUCAACAGAGGCUGGCUGUAUGAGUCCAACGUCUUUUCAUUUCUCGGUGCCUAUCAAUACUCAAAAUCAGGAAGAGCAAACACGAGCUAUUAAAGUGUUACUGGAACAGAUGCCAAGAAUUAAGAAGGAGACAUUAGAGUACAUGAUGCUGCAUCUAAACAAAAUAAUGAAGAAUUUCCAACACAAUAAGAUGAACAGUCAAAACCUAGCUAUAUGUUGGUUAAUCACCCUCAUGCAUACAAACUGCGAGACGUUUCAAGAGAUGCAGAAAAUCCCCCGACUCACGCCGAUCCUUGAACAGCUCAUAUCGCAACCGGAGGUAUUCUUUCCGGGUUAUGGUCCCUCUGCGGAAAAUGCUACUUGUGAUGAUGAAACCGGUUCUCCUGAGGGUUUAGAGUUGGAUGCCAUAGAGACGAGAGAAGAUUCGUAUUCGGCAAACAAUAUAGAGCUUGGUGAAGAUACCAGCGAUAAAAAAGAGAUCUGUAGGACUGAGGUUGUGACCAAAUGAGGUUCCUACAGCUUUUUUUUUUUUAUACCGAUAUACCAUUAGCUUAAGUGCCUUGACGUGUUGAUGGCAAUUAACAUCAUAUACUUAAUUAACCUCAGUAGACAUUUGGAUAAAAUAUAAAUAGUAUAUAAAAUUCUCAUUUUUAUUGAUGAAGCAGCUCAAGUGCGGAGGUGGUAACCGCAAUGAGUAUGAAUCCAUCAUUAUACAUUAAAAUGUUUUAAAUCUCAAUAAAAUAUAUUCAUUUAAUUUUAAUGCAAAUCUUAGCUUAAAUAUACUGCAAUUUGUUGUUUAUUUUGAUGUUGGCCCAUAAAAAUGUUAUCUGUAAUAUUAAUGCUAUUAAUGUAUAAUACGUCUUCAUCUUUAUUCCUGAUUACGUUCAUAACAUGUUUGUGAACUGUGGAAAGCCAGGAUCAAUUGCGAAGAACCUGUUUUGAACUUAAGAUUAUACUGCUGCCAGUGUGGUAGUUUUUUUUUAUUCCCCAAAAUGUAUGUUACACCAUAACAGUCUCUUCUGUGUAUAUAUUAUGUACUGCAAUGGUGAAAUGUUUUAUUAUGUAAAGUGUAUGCUUAUGAUGGUGGAGAUAAUGAUGUCAGAUGAUGGUGAUAGGAAUGAUUAUAGUGAUAUUUAUGAUGAUGAUGAUGCUCUAAAUAUAUAUUGUUUUUAUGUAGAAUUGUGGUAAUGUUUUAGAAAAUUUCUGAGUCUAGUUUUAUAUUUAGCCUCAACAAAAUCUGUACAUAAUUCCUUCUAUCCAAUACAUUUUAUGACUAACCCUAUCAGUAAAACUAAAAAUCAAGUAACUUCUGGACAAUAAGUAGAUAAGAUUAAUGAUAUUAAUAUUUUAUAGAAUUGUGCUAUAGACAGCAAAUCUGAAGAAUUUUGAAGUUUCCUUUACUGUGAUAGAAGCAUUUUUUCAUGAUGAAAUUUUAAAAAAUUUCUACACAGUUAUGACAAUUUUCAAAGUUGUUGAGGUCCAUACUGUUUUCAUGGACCGCCCGGCUCAAAUUAUUUGCAUUUUUAUGAGAGAGGAGACAAGAUGUAACCGCUAAUUUUCUAAAGUUUGCCAUAUAGGGACAUUUUAAUAGGAUCCAUCAAUUAUAGGGCUGUUUUGAUAUAUUUCAUAUAUGAUAUCGCAGAAAGAGUGUGAAUUUUGGCCAACGUUUAUGAGAAGUGCGAAAUGUUUUAUUUGGGCUGCACAGUUUGUAGUUAAAACAUUGACAGGCUUCAUGUAAUAUUAGUUUUCAUAUGCUUGGUAAUAACCUGAGUUUACAAAGCUUUUUAAAUAGAUAACAAUUUGUAUUAUAAUAUAUAAAGAUAGUUAAAACUGAUACUACUAAGAAAAUUAAAUAAUUUUUUUUAAUGAAAAUAUUUGCGCAUAUAAAAAUGAAAAUCGUGUUAAUAUAUAUGUUUAAAUUGUAUUAAUCUUUUCAUAUGUAUUCUGUAAAUGAACCAAUUGUUUCUGGGAUUGAAUCCCAAGAUUUUGGUUUUUAAGUUUAGUAUAUACAGAGGUACUUAGCUGGUAUAUAACCAAAUAAAUGUGUUGUUAAAAAAAAAAAAAAAAGUACACAAUAGAGACAUUGCCAGUCAUUUUGACUUAAUAAGGAUAAGUACAUAAUUCAUAAUGAUAUUGUAAUUCACAAAUUCAGAAUACCUGAAGAAUACAGGUUUCAUAACAGAAAUUUGCCCUCUAUAGCUAGAGCUAUAUGAUUAUUAUUCAAAGCAACUGUCUUCACGGAAGCAAUAACAAUCUACAGAUAUAUACUACGUUGAUUCAUUGGUGCGUGAAAUAUUUGGUGCACAUUGUUCUUGUCGGAAAAAUAUUCAGUUAUAUUCCCACACAUUUGAGAACUAAGUUAACAAAGUAUAUGCAUAGUCCUGUAUCUUUAAAAUUCGGGAGCAGUAGAAGGGGGAAUAGUAGAUGAUCCAGAAUGGAAAUCAAAGCCAAGUAAUGUUUCAUCUACUUUCCCCCACUAGCAUUUUGCUCAUUGUGUUUGCUGCUUUUACCAAUUUUUAUUUUUCAAUUUUGUGUGUUGUUUUUAUUUUACGCCUAUGUUGUCUUUCGCUUUGUACACUGAUACCAUUAUAUUUGUGUAAUAUUACUAUUAUUAUUAUUUUUUUUUUUUUUUGUAGAUUUAAGUUUAUUAUUUCCAUAUUAACAAGGGAUAUGUGAUAAUACGAAAUUUGAUGUACAAAUAAAAACUUUAUCAUAGAAUGACAAUGACAGAAUAAACUCAGUUUAGUGGGCUUGAUUUUGAAGUGAAUUUGCCAGAUACCAGUUGUACUUAGCAGGAUAGUAACCGGGAUAAAUCUGAAGUAGACAAAAUUUACUUAUUAGUUUACAUUGUUUAGACCCAUGGAAAAAGUAUAUUUGUAAUGUUUGGGUGUGGAGCUGGUUGAGAAGGAAGAGGUUGAAGAUCUUUAAAAUUACCUUUUAGAUAAAUCAUACAUGCCGAUGGAUGUUUUAUUUUCAUUUUUGAUACUGUAUUGUUAUUUCAUUAUUUUAUUAUUUCAUCUUUAUGGACUUUCAUUUCUUUGAAGCUCACUUUUAACUAUAUAUUGUCAUUAAUAACAAUUGCAUCUAGUGUGUCUACACAAAAAUUCUGAGUAUACUUGUUAUUGAAUUAAUUUAAUUAAUUUAAGUUAAUAUAGAGCAUAAAGAUUAAUUUGGAUCACAGCCUGAUUCUAGGCUGCAAAAUUCAUAUCAACCAGGGCCUGAAUGUCAUGCUCUCUUGGGCGACCCUAAGGCCGCUGAGGUGGUCAUCGUCAUGGCGACCCAUACUGUUGAGCUGGUCAUCUCUCAGUAAAAUACCGGGCUAGUACAUAUUUGACCUACAUUGAUUUUUCAAUUUUGUUUUGAACUAAUACAAGAAAUGAAAUCUUGGUAGUGCUGAGUAUUUAAUGGUAACACCAACAGUAAAGCUUAAGUUUGUUGUGUUUUUACCAUUGCAAACUUAUUGUAUUGUUUUUAUAUUUUGCUGGCUGUGUUCAUUUGGUAUUUAAAUCAAUAAAUGCAAUGUAUCUCUGCUCUCAUUCCUUUAAAUUAAAAGUAAUAAAUCUUUACCACAAUGAUGAACUA